AUGCGUAUCCGAGCUGGGGAGGAGGCGGCGUGCUCCCGGGCCCCCUGGGGCCAGCGGGCCGAGGCUUCGCGCUCCAGGCGCAAACAGCCAGCCAUUCUUAGUAUUAAUGACAGCAGUAGCAGCAACAAUAAUCCCUUCCAUGGGAAGCAGAAAGGCAAGAAGAUUUUUAUUCAGAAGUAUGCCCAGUGCCAUACCAUGGAAAAGGGAGGCAAGCACAAGCCUGGGCCCAGUCUCCGUGGUCUGUUUGGGUGGAAGACAGGUCAGGCAGCUGGAUUAUCUUACACAGAUGCCGAGAACAAAGGCAUCACCUGGGGAGAGGAGAUGCUGACGGAAUAUUUAGAGAAUCCCAAGAAGUACAUCCCUGGAACAAAAGUGAUCUUUGGGCCGGCUCUGAUCUUUGCUGGCAUUAGGAAGAAGGCAGAAUGGGCAGACUUGAUAGCUUAUCUCAAAAAAGCUACUAAUGAGUAA